AUGUUUCUUCUGACUUCAGUCUUGGUAGCAGUUGUCUGCCUUUUGAUGGUGUGGAUCUUUCAAAAUGCUGAUGGAGGAACCCAGAGAAGGAAGGGGGAGCCUAGAGCCAGGGCCGAGGCUCGCCCCUGGGUGGAUGAAGACUUGAAAGACAGCACUGACGUCCACCAGCUGGAAGAAGACGCUGACGACUGGCAAGUGUCAGAGGAAGAGGUGGAACACAUCCCAUUCUCCCACACCCGGUAUCCUGAGAAGGAAAUGCUUACGAGAUCCCGGGAAUUUUAUGAACUUCUCAAUAAAAGACGGUCUGUUAGAUUCAUAAGUAAUGAGCAAGUCCCAAUGGAAGUGAUUGAUAAUGUCAUCAAAGCAGCAGGAACAGCCCCAAGUGGGGCCCACACAGAGCCCUGGACCUUUGUGGUUGUGAAGGACCCAGACGUGAAGCAUAAGAUUCGGGAGAUCGUUGAGGAGGAAGAGGAAAUAAAUUACUUGAAGAGGAUGGGACCUCAAUGGGUUUCAGACCUGAAGAAACUGAGGACCAACUGGAUUAAGGAGUACUUGGACACAGCGCCUGUUUUGAUUCUCAUUUUCAAACGAGUACACGGUUUUGCUGCAAAUGGCAAGAAAAAGAUCCACUACUAUAACGAGAUCAGUGUUUCCAUCGCAUGUGGCAUCCUCCUAGCUGCCCUGCAGAACGCGGGACUGGUGACUGUCACGACCACUCCUCUCAACUGUGGCCCCCGUCUGAGGGUGCUCCUGAACCGCCCUGCAAAUGAAAAGCUGCUAAUACUGCUCCCUGUGGGGUACCCCAGCGAAGAGGCCACGGUGCCUGACCUCACACGGAAGCCUCUGGAUCAGAUCAUGGUGACUGUGUAG